CAAAAUUGUUGUUCUCGUAACCUUGAAACGUCCGUAAAACAAGGAGGCAGCUCCGGAGUCUGUUGCCGAUCUGCUUUUCUGCAUUCCCCUAUCCCUUCGGCAGAACUUUCUUCAUCUUCUAGUGCUGUAACUGACCUUGGCCGUUUGGCUUCGUCCUCUCCUUCGCCACCAUUCCGCCAACUACGAAGCAAACUAGUUUCACGUCGUGCCCGCUGUAAGUUGGGCAAUUUUCGGGUGACUAGUUUAUCUGUGGAUGCUGAAGUAGAUUCAAAUUCUCAAAUUAAUAACUUGUCAGAUGCAGAAUACCAUGGCUACACAUCUGUAUCUUUGUCUCCAAAACGAGCCCAUCCCCAUAUUCUUAGCAAUCAACAGCUACAUCAUCAACAGCCAAUUCAUCAAUUAGAGCAGACAGAACCAAAGUUCUUAGACAAGAGUUCUCAAUCUUCAAGUUGUCCAAGGGUACAACGUCGCUCUGUAUGCUCAAUCCCAACCAGCAGCUCUGGAAUUGUGCCUCCACAUAUACAUCAAAAACAUUAUAGCCCAAGCUAUCCACUUCAAACUCCUGAAAACUAUAAAUACCCUUUAUGGCCACAUUAUCAGCAGCAUAAUCAACAACCUGUUUAUUCGCAAACGACUUCAGAUGGAUCAACUAGCCCACAUGGCCUACCCGGUACUUUUCAUGGAUUAAGUUCUGGAAUGGAGAGAUCUGCUCAAUUAUCAUACUUUUUAGAACGAGGAGAAUACCACGACAUUGGCGUUUCAGAUGAACAUAAAGCAAAUCAUGGAUCUAAUUCUUCACUUUCGGUGAGAUCAUCGCAGAAUUCCAUGAGGCCUUCACCCUCUUCCAAUUCUAAAGCUAAGUUCCCUCUAUCUGGUAUAGGAAAUCUGGGUCGUUCUGGACUUGGUUUGGAUAUAGCUUAUUUGAAUCAGAAACAGCCUGAAAUAUUGGCUCUAUCAAAAACAAUUUUAGAAUGUAAAAAACCAUGUCCAGCGGGUUCUUUUGGGACAAGCUUUAUCUCACCCCUUCGAUCUCCAGUCUCACCUGGACUUAAUCAUGGCUUCUGCAGCACCAACCAGUCAGUGUCUAAUAUUCCAGAACCAAUGGUUUCCGACGCACUUACUUCUGAAUAUAGCCAGAAUAGCUCUGGGCAACAGCUAACCUCAUCCAUUCCAUUCAAUGCGUCGUUCGGAUUAACAGAAAUAGAGGGGAAAAGUGAACUAUUGUCUGCUCGCGGACACAAAACAAGCAGUUCUGGUACGACGGUUGAACCAAUCUUUGAAACAAAUGAAUCAAGUAGCAGUAGCUCAGAAGCGAAGGAGUCAAAGAAAAUCAACACAGAGAUGCAAACCAAUCAGCGGAGACAAGAUAAUAUAUCCACCGGUACCUAA